AUGGCUUUCAAUAGCUACCAUAGAAGGGGCUCGCGAUCUGCAGCGCAAGCGACUUUAACGCAGCAGAACUUCAACGAGUGGGAAGAGACGAUUUUCCGAAAUGUCAGCGCAAAGGACAUUCAAGUGCUGAACAGACCGGCGGAGCCCUUUGCUGCUGAAGAGGAGGUUAGUGAAGACUCGCGCUUGUACACCAACGAAGUACGCUCGGAAGAAUUCGCAAUUUUGUCUACUUCGAGCGAACGAGACGAGGUAACGCAGGGCACGGUACUGGGAGCUGGAUACCCGGUGGACAAAGAAGAAAAUGAGUUUGCAGAGCAAGAACAGCGUGCCGAGGUGUCUAAUUCGCAACGGAUCGACGACUGGUGCGUUCAAAACGACAGACGAGCGCUAUCAAGUUUGCGUGCCCCAGCAAACAAACGCGUACAGGAGAUAGUGGAGGCAUGGGGGGUUGAGAACGGGACUCCAGCCGUACAGGUGGUGCGGGCGCUCACCGCAGUACGAAUUGCAGCGCGCCACAGCGAUAAUUAUACCGCACAUAUUCUGGACUUUGUGAGUCCACUGCAACGUCUGCGAAUCCGCGAUUUUGCAGAAUCGAUGAGGCCGCUUCUGCUGGAACGGAAGCUGGCCCCAGCUUUCUCAAACCCGCGCUUCAAAAAUGUCCCUUCGGUAUUCGCAAAUCGUGAAUUAACAUUUCAGCGUGCGCUGCGACAGGAUAUUGAUACGGGUCCGCUUUCGCCGCCCGCAGCAGAACUAGAGAUCUCGACCUCGAAAUCUCAAAGUGAAAGCAGCUCUCAUUCUGCUACGCUUUCCUCCAACGGCUUGCAGUCCUGGCAUGGCUGGAACAUUGUAACUCGAUUCAGUCCUGAUCAUAUCCCAAGUUACUAG